GUUUAGAAAGACGACUGUGAUUUGACAGUUGUCAUGUUCGGCAACAUAUCUGUGGUAGAGAUUGCGUCCAUCGGGCAGUCUGUGCUUGUUGGUGAUGCUGCUGUUGAAAGGGGCGUGAGAUUUGCCCGGUGUUAUUGGUGCACGUUGAUGGGUUGUGCUCAUUUCUGUAGAAUGUUUGUGUUCUUGUAAAUCUGAAAGUAAUUUAACUGCGAAAAUGAGCACGCCGCCAACGAAACCCCCAAGGGGUAUAAAACACCCAAAGGAAACGAGCGGGUUAUUGAUGUCAGUUAUUAGAACACUAUCAGCAAGUGAAUCCAAUGAGCAGAGAGAUCGAGAAAAAGCCAAACUCGAACGAGAGUAUAAAAAAAGUGAUCAACGUUUGGAUGAACUUGUUUCGUUACAUGAUCAAGACCUCACUCAAGUUAUGCAGCUAUUUGCAAAACUCUCUGCCCGAGUGACACUGUCACGAGAAAAAAUUCAUGCUGUGAAAGAAAACUUGCAAGCUUGUAAAAUGCUAUUGCAUUGCCGGAGGGAUGAAUUGAAAAAAUUAUGGCUUGAAGGAGUUGAACACAAGCAUGUACUUCAACUUCUAGAAGAGAUUGAUCAACUUCGAGAAGUGCCUGCAAAAUUGACAUCUUUUUUGAAUAAAAAGCAUUAUUUACAUGCUACCCAACUUUUGGUAUCUGCCCUGACUUUAGGUGAGGGUGGUUUGGAAGGAGUAGAAGCUCUAAGAGAAGUUCGAGCUGAUUUACAAUCUAAAAAACAGCAAUUACAUAUGAAACUAAUGGAGGAGCUCAGUCAUCACAUCUACACUCAUUCUACUCAAGAGGUCCUCAGCUUGUGCAGACAAGGGUCUGGGAGAGAAAAUUUGCUUAAUUCACCUUUUCAGCGUGCAGGCGAGCUUCGUAACUCUGCACGUAACCCUAAAGCUCGUAGAGCCCUUCUUGAUGUGAGCUCACCUCUUCCAAACUGCCAGUCCACGAGAACUGGUCUGAGUGCUGCAUUGGGACAGCCUACUGAAGGUGAUGUGAGUGAAGACAUUGAUGCAGUAGACCCAGAAGCCGACUCAGAGCACUUUAUGGCAAUUCUUGUGGAAUGUUUAGCAUUGUUAAAUAAGUUACCAGAUGCUGUAGAGUACAUAUUUGAAGGUUUGGGACAUCUUAUAGCAAAAAUUCUAAUAACUUCUGCCCAGUACAUAGAACGUAUAGAUGAAGGUGGCAUACAAAAGAUGUGUCGCAAUAUAUUUGCUUUACAGCAGACGUUAACAAACAUCACAAUGGCUCGAGAAAUUGCUCUUGAUCAUGCAAGACAUUAUUUUGAAUUGUUCUACUUGACACCAGAAGAAAUACUCAAUAAUGUUAUGGAGAAAGGACCACAGUUUUCAGAACUUGAGUACAUGAAUGCUUUCCAGCUUAUUCAUAGAAGUAUGCCCGAUGCAGAUUAUGGUGCUAUUAACAUCCACCUUAGUAGAUUAUCAGAUAUUUUAGGUGAAGUGGGUGUAACAGUUUAGCACAGGUAUUAUGUAACUUGUGUUUACAUUGUCUAAUGCCUUAGUACUUUACAUAUGUACAUAAUGCAGUGUAUAUAAGACACCUAAUUAUCUUCAUGUUAUUUACAAACAAUAUUAUAUUAAAUGAAUUACACAGUUUUAUUUUAUAUUAAUUACAAAAACAGUUGUCUUCUAUAAAAAAUUCUCCUCAUUCCUUUAAUACUGUACUCCACCAGCAUGUAU